UUGACAGCCGUGACCGCACUCUCUACCACAUCACAUCUAACCACCGCACUAUCUAUUAACAUUUACAGCCACGGAGUAGUCUGAGUGCGACACAGCUGAUUUUAUUGUUCAAGGAGAAGCCUAACUUCGGAACAAAAUGCUGGCUAAUCUACAAGUCUCUCGCCCACAGCCAUGGAACCAUCGAUCACCAUUGUUGAUUCAAUGCGCUCUGAGCAAACAAGGCCAACUCUUUCUCUCUUCAGUAGCCAGAGAUCCCUCCGCCAGUAACAGAUUGAUAUGCAAAUUCAUAGCAUCUUCACCCAAAUCCAUAGCUCUCAAUGCUCUCUCCCACCUCCUUUCCCCCACCACCACUCACCCCCACCUCUCCUCUCUUGCCCUCCCUUUGUAUUCAAGGAUCACUGAAGCAUCAUGGUUCAGUUGGAACUCUAAGCUUAUUGCAGACCUCAUUGCUUUGUUAUAUAAACAAGGGCAGUUGAAGGAAGCAGAAACUCUAGUUUCUGAAACACUGAUAAAAUUAGGGUCUCGGGAGCGAGACCUUGUUUCCUUUUACUGCAAUUUGAUUGAUUCACACUCCAAGCACAACUCAAAUCAAGGGGUUUUUUAUGUGAUUUCUCGUUUGAGUCAGAUAGUCUCUGAAUCGUCCUCUGUUUAUGUUAAGGAACGAGCUUACAAGUCAAUGAUUAGUAGCUUAUGUGCAGUUGGUCGACCUCUUGAAGCUGAGAAUCUGAUUGAAGAGAUGAGAGUAAAAGGACUGAAACCAUCUGUCUUUGAGUUCAGGUCUGUAGUGUAUGGAUAUGGAAGAGUAGGAUUAUUCGAAGAUAUGCAGAGAAUUCUUCUGCAAAUGGGGAAUGAAGGGUUUGAACUGGAUACAGUUGUCUCAAAUAUGGUUCUUUCAUCCUACGGAGCCUACAACAAGCAAUCUGAAAUGGUUGCUUGGCUUCAAAGAAUGAAGAAUUCAAGCAUUCCAUUUUCCAUCAGGAUUUACAAUUCAGUGUUGAAUUCGUGCCCUAUGAUCAUGUCAAUCCUACAAGACCUCAAAACUUUUCCACCAACCAUUGAUGAGUUGAUGGAGACCUUGAAAGGGGAUGAGGCAUUGUUGGUUAAAGAAUUGAUUGGAUCGAUGGUUUUGGCAGAGUUAAUGGAGUGGGAUUCUUCAGAGGGGAAGCUGGAUUUGCAUGGAAUGCACCUGGGGUCUGCAUACUUGAUAAUGUUGCAGUGGAGGGAGGAGCUGAGGUAUAGGCUUAAUGCAGCAGAGUAUGUGAUGCCAGUGGAGAUAACAGUGGUGUGUGGAUCGGGAAAGCAUAGCAGUGUUAGAGGGGAAUCACCUGUGAAACGAAUGGUUCGAGAGAUGAUGACACGGACAAGAAGCCCGAUGAAAAUUGAUAGGAAGAACAUUGGUUGUUUUGUUGCCAAAGCAAAAGUUGUGAAGAACUGGCUGUGCUGAUUCAUGUAGUGUCGUGCCUAUCAGCUAACACACGCCCAAAAGUCUUGGAUAUCUUGGGUAAGUUCUACUAAAUCCUUAAUAGAUGGCAAGGACAGGAAACGAUUCCACAGCUCAAAAUCACAAAUUAAGAGAAUAAGAAAGUAAGAGCUUAGCUUCAACCUGUGGAGGCAGGGAUGCACUUGGAUGGAUAGCUACAGGAACUCUCUUUUAUCCCCACAUCCUUCACCUCGUACUUUGUCAGAUUGGCCAAAAAGAUAAUAGGUCUGCAAGUAAGAUGCAACAGAGUUAGAACAACACUGGCUAACUGAUAGUUACGAUUAAUGGGUUGCUGGGGAUGCCAACUUUUUACCUCUUUGGUUUUUUUCAUAAUAAAUGCACUGUCCUCGUUUUGCUUAUCUAAAGUGGAAUUGUGUUCUU